CAAGACAGACAAGAGUCCAUAACCCAGCAUAGCCCAUGCAGGGAGGCCGAGGUCGGCGAGGAUCAACGAGAGAUUGAAGACUCGAGCUCGAGAGCUACACACAUACACUGAUAUGAUGCAGCGACAGUGCAGCACAGUUUCAUUCAUUUCAUUUUUUUGUGUUGGUCUUCUUGCUGACCUGAGUGGAGGACACGAUGGAGCAAUCAAGCGAACAAUGCUCUGCUGGAAUAAUAGUCAUUGGUGAUGAGAUCCUGCGAGGUCAUGUGGUCGACGUCAAUUCCCAGUACCUCUGCCGGCAGUUGUGGAAUUUAGGGAUUGAUGUCCGGAAGGUUGUGGUGGUGGGAGACUCCGUGUCGGCAAUCGAAGCCGAGGUUCGUCUCUUCUCGCAGUCGUUCACGCACGUUUUUACGUGUGGUGGCAUAGGCCCAACACAUGAUGAUGUCACACUGGAAGCUAUUGCCAAUGCCUUUGAUGAGCAGCUUUGCAACCACGAUGAGCUGCUGUCCCUGUUUUCAGCUGGAGAUUUGGAAAGCUGCCGGAAGAUGGCCAAGGUGCCAACAUCGACAAAGCUCUGCUACCCACCCUCAUGGCCAAUUGCCACUCACGGCGAAGCCACAGAAGAAGUAUCCACCACUGGCAGCAGCCGGGACAGCUCUGAUUCAGCGGGCAGUGCCAGCGUGAACGUAUCGGCUCCGGUUGCAUACCCAGCACUUAGAAUUCACAAUGUGUUUGCGCUGCCAGGUGUGCCUGUCUUUCUCAAAGAAGGCUUCCGUGGCAUCAAGAGCUUGCUGAGGAGUUCAGCCGGUGAGUUUCAUUUGUUUGAAGUCAGUGUUCAGCGACCGGAAGCAGAGCUAGCCAGUACGUUAUCGACAGUUCAGAACGACAUACUACCUAAUGUACAGCUCGGCUCCUAUCCACAGUUUGAGGAAGAUGGGUCACAGAAGUGUGUUGUGCUGCGCUUAGAAUCUGUACAUCGGGAAAAGUUGAACAAGGCCCGCCAGCUCCUCCUUCAUCAUUUAUGUGAGACAUCCAUACUGGGAACAUCAGUGCGCCGGUCAUCCGCACGUACACCGUCAAUAUCUGAGUCUUCGGACCCCGGCAUAAUGUCACAGAGUAUUCUUGAUCAUGAGCGAGCGGCUCUUGCCAGAUCAGAUCACUUGAGUGUUGAUAAGGUAAUUCACUUGGCUGGGUCUCCGCACGCCUCGCACUUCAGCAAGGUCAUUGCUAAUGCUCUGUGCAUCAUCGAGGAGGCCAUGAACCGCUAUGGAUCCGGCGGGCUGUGCCUCUGCUUCAAUGGUGGCAAGGACUGUACUGUGUUGCUGCAUCUCCUCAGCAUUGUAAGACAUCGGCAGCUGCAUCAGCAGUCAUCACCAACACCCAUCGGUAGCGGUGGCAGUGGUAGCAGUGGUGGCAGCGCAUCAACACACUCAAGCAGUAAUCAGCUGGUUGCACUUUACAUUCGAUCCAAUGACCCGUUUCCCGAAGUAGAGGUCUUCAUACAAGAGAGUACGGAGAAGUAUACCUUGGAGUUGUUAACGUUUGAAGGCAGUUACAAAGAUGCAUUGGCAUGGCAGCUCAAGAGCCACCCUCAUAUCAAGGCUAUGUUGAUGGGAACCAGGCGCACCGAUCCGUAUGCCGCCGACCUCUCUCCGUUUGUUAUGACCGACAAGGAUUGGCCGCAGAUCAUGCGUGUAAACCCCAUCUUGGACUUCUCCUAUUCAGAUGUGUGGCGAUUUCUGCGUGAUCUGAAUGUGUCGUACUGCUCUCUCUAUGACCAGGGGUACACAUCAUUAGGUGGCCGCUCCACAACCAAGCCAAACCCGGCACUGCAUGUGGAGAAUCAAGAUGGUCGUCAGUCAGCUCACCUGCCAGCCUAUCUGCUCAGCAAUGGAGAUCGGGAGAGAGAUGGCCGAGUAAAGCGCAAAACCCCAGUCACUUGAUAUCCCUAGUUUGGCAACAUGGCUGAGUUAAAACAUUUGUUUCUUCAGUAGUAUGUGUGUGUAGUGUACGCUGUUUCGUAUACAGGAAAGCGCUUACUUGCGCACUGACUAUCGGUAUUUCAUUUGAGAGCAGCUUGUUGUUUUUAGAACUAUUUAUUUUCUAUUAGUAGCUAGUGGUGCCAGAUCCUGGCUAGAAAGGAUUUAAUUGCACGUGCGGUGAAAUACAUGAGCAGAAAUCGCUGUAUCUUUGGUCCUCGUCACCAUUCCGUGACGGCGUGUUCUCCUUCUGUUGUUGGUGUGUGUAUGACACAAUCGCGCUGCUAUGUUCUUGAUUGAUUUUCUAUGGGGCUGAUGCAUCGAUGAGACACGGCUGCUGUGCUCAGAUUGGCAGUUUGGACUUGGAACUCUUACGACUGGUUGAGAGCUUUUGCUUGAUCGUACCAAGCUUCACGCCGUGUACAUGGUGGUUUUCUUGCAAGUAACAACACUUGUGCAUGCCUUGUCUAAUCUUGCCAAUAACAACCGGUUUAUUGGUGAAUGACUCAUUUUCAUUAAUUUUUCAGUAUACAUCUGCGUUGGUAGCUGGACUUUAUUUAUCUGGCAACGUUGUUUUAUCAAUUUGACAAUAAUGUCCUUGUUAUUGCUUUGCUGUUUGGCUUGCUGUCUUUAUGCUUCAUUUGUUACAUUCCUAGCCUUGUACUGAUAUUUUUCAUUUACUCUAAAAUGUCUCUCCAGUCGAUGAAAUGUGAUCCCACGAUCAGAUUUCAA